AUGCAAUACUCAACCAAGUUUCUACGCACUCACGACCUCAAACGGAUUGCACCUUUUGUGGCUCACAGCUUCAGCAACCUCUUCAGUGUGGAAAACUGGGGAGGCGCUACAUUUGAUGUAGCAAUGCGUUUCCUCUGUGAGUGUCCCUGGAAAAGGCUGCAAGAGUUGAGGGCUCUGAUGCCAAAUGUGCCUUUUCAGAUGCUUCUGAGAGGUGCCAACGCCGUUGGAUACACCAACUACCCUGACAAUGCCGUCUUCAAGUUCUGUGAGGUGGCUAAAGAAAACGGUAUGGACAUCUUCCGUGUGUUUGACUCGUUGAACUAUCUUCCAAACAUGCUCAUGGGGAUGGAGGCAGCAGGUGCAGCAGGAGGAGUGGUGGAGGCGGCCAUCUCGUACACUGGCGAUGUUUCCGACCCCACAAGGCAGAAAUAUUCUUUAGACUACUAUCUCAAACUAGCAGAUGAGCUAGUCAAGGCUGGAACUCACAUCCUCUGUAUCAAGGACAUGGCGGGUCUCCUAAAGCCUGACUCUGGCCAUUUGCUGGUGAGCGCGUUGAGGGACCGUUUCCCAGACGUGCCGAUCCAUGUGCACACUCACGACACCGCAGGGGCUGGAGUGGCUGCCAUGCUGGCAUGUGCAGAGGCUGGAGCAGACAUUGUGGAUGUGGCGGUUGACUCCAUGGCGGGAAUGACAUCCCAGCCCAGCAUGGGCGCCAUUGUGGCAUGUACCAAAGGCACCAAACUCAGUACUGGCAUUUCUCUCGAGAAGGUCUUUGACUACAGUGAGUAUUGGGAGGUGACCCGAGGCCUUUAUGCUCCGUUUGACUGCACUGCCACCAUGAAGUCUGGGAAUGCUGAUGUCUACGAGAACGAGAUCCCAGGUGGCCAGUACACCAAUCUCCACUUUCAAGCACACAGUAUGGGGCUGGGGAACAAGUUUAAGGAGGUGAAGAAAGCCUACGCAGAAGCCAACAAGCUGCUCGGUGACCUCAUCAAAGUGACACCCUCCUCUAAGAUUGUGGGCGAUCUGGCGCAGUUCAUGGUGCAGAAUUCUCUGACUCAGGCAGAGGUGGAGGAGAGAGCGGAUGAGUUGUCUUUCCCCCUCUCUGUGGUGGAGUUCCUGCAAGGACACAUCGGCAUCCCCCAUGGAGGCUUCCCGGAGCCCUUCAGAUCAAAGGUUUUGAAGUCUCUUCCCCGUGUGGAAGGACGUCCUGGAGCCUCCCUGCCCCCCAUGGACUUCCAGGCCUUGGAGAAGCAGCUGCGAGACUCUCACGGUGAUGAAAUCACCCCGGAGGAUGUGAUGUCCGCGGCCAUGUACCCCAAAGUGUUCCAGGAGUUUAAAGAGUUCACCAGAACCUUUGGGCCUGUGGAUUGUCUGGACACUAGACUCUUCCUGGAUGGACCCAAGAUUGCUGAAGAGUUUGAGGUGGAGUUGGAGCGAGGCAAGACGCUUCAUAUCAAGGCUCUGGCUCUAGGAGACCUUAAUAAAGCCGGUCAGAGAGAGGUUUUCUUCGAGCUCAAUGGUCAGCUGAGAUCUGUCCUGGUCAAAGACACCGUGGCUAUGAAGGAGAUGCAUUUCCACCCUAAAGCCCUGAAGGACGUUCGUGGACAGAUUGGCGCUCCCAUGCCUGGUAAGGUGGUGGAGGUGAAAGUGAAGCAGGGCCAGAAGGUGGAGAAAGGACAACCGCUCUGCGUCCUCAGCGCCAUGAAGAUGGAGAUGGUGGUGAACUCGCCGCUCUCCGGCACCGUGGCCAAGAUCUACGUGACCGCCGACAGCACUCUGGAAGGAGACGAUCUUAUUCUGGAGAUUACCGAAUAGAUAUCAUGAAGGCCAACAGCAGGGAACAUAACACAUCACCACUGCCAAUCCCUGCAAGGCUAAACACACACACAUUCACUCAGUUACAUAUGGAGUCUAACACCUUUUAGAAGCAGCAUGCAUUAAAGGAGGAAGGUUGAGCUUAUUUUGACAGAAUCUCGAAUAACGGAUGAAUCUAGAAAUAUUUUUACUUUCAAGCUUGAAUCCUUUGCCUUUAGUGUCAUAUGUGUGGUUUUGUGAUCCUCAAUCACCAUUAAAUUCAUACGUGAUGAGGAUAUGAGCUAGUGUUAUGCUGUUGACAGAGAAAUGUUUGUUAGUCUUUAAUAUUAAUGAAUGUAGUAAAAACUAAAAGAUUUACACUGAAAAUAUAAGCAAUAAAUUAAUGACAGAAAGAGACUUAAUUAGAUGCAUUCCUAAUCACGUUAAAGCUGUUUCAUAACUGAUCGUGAUCGUUUACAUAAACUCAAAUAUUCUUACAUACAUUUUCUAUAACUGGAAAGAAAUUCUCAAAAAAUCAUGCACAAUCCUUCCCUUACAUAUAAAAGUCUUAUUGCACAGAGUAUCUUACUUGAAUUAUCAAGCGAAAUUCAAUUUAUUUCAAGAUACAUAGCUGUGUCACACAUACCCAAUGUUCUGACCAAUGGCCCAGUCUGUUACUGGGAAAAUAAGUGCAAGAAUGGAACCAACCUCGUCUCCUGAGCCUUACACUUGAGCUGUGUAUCAUGUAAAGGUGGAGAAUAGUUACCCAGGUGGUUUGGGCUGAAGUGAGCUCCAUUGAGGCCAACGAGGAUCGAUGACUCUAUAUUCAAGAGCACUCAUAGACUCCGCAGCAGCUUUGGGGCACAUUGAGUUGGAACACAGGCUUUAGGGGGAACGUCCUUUUCCCAGGGCGCAUCUUGUGCUUGUGUUCCAAUUCCUCUCUUAAUGUGAAUUUAUUUCACUGUCCUGUUACAUUCCCCUUAGCAGCAGAUGCCUCAUGGCUGCUGUAGUGACGGCUUUAUUCUCCAGCUUUGUCUAAUUUCCCUUGUUGAACACGAUUGAUGUAAUUCGUAACAGAUAAGGAGAGGUUUUAUUCAAUGGCAUUCGAGUAAUUGAAAGCACUCAGCCUGAAAUCUACGAGACACGCGGCUGUUGCGGCAAAAGAGGUCCACUGGGGUGCGUCUGAAAUGGUUUUAACAGUCUUGACUCUAAGUAGACCAAUUCUUCAUGAGGACCAAUAGCCUGCAACGUGGAUAUAUUCUCAUCGUUUAUCAUAACAUCCCAAAGUGGAGACUAGAGCGUGUCGUUUUAACCGUGUGAAUCGUACAGGCCCAUAAAUGUGACGAUCGUCCCUUCAAAUGGAUGUUGCCAUUAAAAUCGAGCUAAUGUUGUUUAGAUGUAGUUUUUAGAGCACAAACGUCCAUUUCAUCACCACAGUCAUUUUUGAGAUUGUUCCUCUGUGUUAUUUGACAAAUACAUCUCAGUUUACACGGGCAUAGCACAAAGGGGUUUAUCGUGACAGGCACAAAACUAGGGGAUUUGUUGGGAGAGGGAAGCUUCCUGUUGGCUUUUGGACUUUUCAGUAUGGGCCACUGGCAAAAUCUCUGGAGAACCGUUCGAUGUUAUCAGCUCUGACAGCGCAGCGCGAUUCCGUGAGAGUUUUUGAGUCGAGAAGUGGUUGACGCUUGACUUUGUUUCAUGCCGCCAAUACAACAAUGCAGCAUUUAUCAAAGUUGUUGUUAAAUGGGUCAUGCGGCUUAAUAUAGCAUCGUACGUUGCUGAUGCAUAGGUACUUGGCACAUUGUUCAUUCAAACUGUUGAAUUUUUACAGGGUAAAUAUUUCUGUGCAUAGAUUAUGUCACUGUGUUUGGAAUUGGGAAUGUUUUGAAGGGAAUUGGAACUAAUCUGUGUGACAUUUCAGAUCUGAUGCCUUUAAUAGUGAAAUUAAUGAAGUUCAUCUCUUUCGAUCUGUUUUGAUAAUGAGAAAUAUAACAUAUGCAAAUACUAAUGCACCAUACCCUUGUGUCUGUUAUUUUAGCAUUGGAAAUGUUGGAGAAAAAUAUAUAUAUAAAUAAAAGGAGGAUAACAGACUGUC